AAUCCAUUUGUAUGUGAUAAAUAACUGAUAAGCCAGGAAAAAAAAACAAAUCCUUAAACCCUCUCUCUCUCUCUCUCUCUCUCUCUCUCUCUCUCUCGGAAGGUGAGGUGAUGUUUUGUACAACGUUCCCACCAAGUUCAUGUCUUGUUAACCCUAGGAGUCGCAGUUUCGGUAGAACGAAAUCGGGUCUGAGAAAAUUCACAUUGAGUGCUUCUCUGCCGCUUCGCGACGACAAGUCUAAAGUUGAAUACACGCCAUGGCUGAUCGUUGGAUUGGGAAACCCCGGGAAGAAAUACCACGGCACUAGACAUAAUAUUGGUUUCGAGAUGAUCGAUCAUAUAGCUCGAGCUGGGGACAUCUCGAUGAACACAAUACAGUCCAAAGCUUUGCUCGGGAUAGGUGCUAUAGGAGAGGUGCCGAUAUUGCUGGUUAAACCACAGGCAUACAUGAACUUCUGUGGUGAAUCGGUUGGAUCGCUUGCUGCUCAUUAUCAAGUGCCCUUACGCCACAUUCUAAUGAUACACGACGAGAUGAAUUUGCCUAAUGGCGUAUUGAGGCUUCAACCAAAAGGAGGACACAGCCACCAUAAUGGUUUGAAGAAUGUGACAGAACACUUGGAUGAUUGUCGUGCCUUUCCCCGCUUAUCGAUCGGGAUUGGAAACCCACCAGGCGAAAUGGACAUGAAAGCUUUUCUUCUCCAGAAAUUCAGCUCCCGAGAGCGCAAACAGAUUGACGCAGCACUUGAACAGGGCGUAGAAGCGGUGAGGAUGGUAGUGAUCAACGGGUUCGACGGGGCCGUUUCUCGGUUCAAUUUAGGACAGAAGUACAAGUUCCACACUGUCUGAAGAGCUGUUCAUAUUUGUUCAUAACCUUUCUGAGUGAUGUUGGACUCCUCUAGUUUCAGUGAUAACAAUUAAAAAAAAAAGUCUAUAACAUUAAUUUAUACAACAAUAACUUGUCGCA